AUGGUGUUCACUGUCUGGCUCGGUCCAGUUAGUCUGCUUCUGAUGGGCGUUGUGUGCGUUCACUGCAUGCACAUCCUGGUCAACUGCAGUCAUCAGCUCAGUGAGCGGCUGAAGCGUUCCCCCCUCGGUUACAGCGAAACGGUUGCAGUUGCCAUGGAGAUGAGUUCCUCCCAGUGCCUGAGGAGAGGUGCUCAUUUUGGGAGGCACUUGGUGAAUUUCUUCCUGGUUUUGACCCAGCUGGGCUUCUGUAGCGUUUAUUUUGUGUUCCUGGCUGAGAACAUUAAACAGGUGAUGGAGGGAACUCAUCUCAACAGCUCUGUGGAGACUGUGCUGUUAUACUCCAACAGCUCAGAGGAGGGCGCCGUCUCCCCCACAGCGUCUUCUGUCGCCGUGGCUACAGGACUGGACCUGAGGCUCUACAUGGUCUUCCUCCUUCCCUUCAUCAUCGUUCUGACCUUCAUCAGAGACCUGAGGAACAUGGCUGCCCUCUCCGCCAUCGCCAACCUCUGUAUGGCUGUCAGCCUCGUCCUCAUCUUCUCAUAUAUACUCAACGAUGUGAGUGAUCCCAGACGUCUGCCGUACGCCUCCACAUGGAGGAAGUUUGCCGCCUUCUUUGGAACAGCUAUAUUUGCCUUUGAGGGAAUUGGAGUGGUUCUUCCAUUGGAGAAUCAAAUGAGGGAACCGAAGCGAUUCCCUCAAGCCCUCAACAUCGGCAUGGGCGUCAUCAUCGUCCUUUAUGUGACCCUGGCGACGCUGGGAUACCUCCGCUUCAGAGACGACAUCAAAGGAAGCAUCACGCUUAACCUUCCACAUGAUUCCUGGUCUAAUCAGCUGGUGAAGGUCUUGUACUCAUUCGGUGUGUUUGUGAGUUUUGCGGUGCAGUUUUUCGUGCCGGCGGAGAUUCUGGUUCCGCCCGUGUGCGAGCGCGUCAGGAAGAGCUGGAGACGGGUGGCUGAUCUCAGCCUGCGAGCGCUGCUUGUCUGCCUCACCUGCAUAACAGCAGUCUUGAUACCGCGGUUAGAUCUGGUGAUCUCAUUGGUCGGUGCGGUUAGCAGCUCGGCGCUGGCGCUUGUCUUCCCGCCGCUGGUGGAGCUGGUGGCAUUUCCCAGUCAACCUCCUCCUCUCCUGCUCCUCAAAGACCUCUCCAUCGCUGCCCUCGGCUUCAUCGGCUUCCUGACAGGGACCUACGUGACGCUGGAGGAGAUCAUUUAUUCUGACGACCAAGGACAGACCCGUCUCCAUGAUGACAGGAACUGGACCACACCCACUACCUCACCGCCCUGAAGACCACGCCCACAAACGAAGGACCAAUCAAGGCACAGUUCCAUAUUUUA